UAGACCUGUUCUCCCAGAACUUAUCUGAGCAGUUUAACUAAACUAUCACCAAGAAAAUGGCUUUCCAAACCUACAGCUUGUUUGUUUUGUCUGUCAUCAUGAUUUCUUUUGGACAUGUUGAAAAUACAUUGAAUCUUCUUGAACUUCAAAAUGAUAUAGACAAACUGAAAGCUGAUUUUAACUCGAGUCAUUCUGAUGUAGCUGAUGGUGGACCUAUUUUUACAGAGAGGCUGUCAAGCUGGACAGAGAGAAAUGAAAAAAGGAUCAUCCUGAGUCAGAUUAUUUCCAUGUACUUGAAAAUGCUUGAAAACACUGACAAGUCAAAGGCUCAUGUCAGAAACAUAGCUGAGGAGCUUCAUACUCUGAAAGAAAGCCUUUCUGAUGGCUCAAAGAAGAUAGAAGAUCUCAAGGACCUGACUAAACUUCAGAUGAGUGACUUGAAAAUUCAGCGCAAGGCUGUGAAUGAGCUGUUCAUCGUCUUACAAAAGCUGGGGGACACCUCAAGUUCUCACAAAAGAAAAAGAAGACAGUUUCAGAGGCUGUGCAAAUGCUAAUGCCAUCUUAUAAUCCUCUGUACUGAGCUACUGUGC